AACUGCAGGCACAAGUGCGCAUUGGUUGGGAAGGAACUGCUCGUAGAAAGAAGAAGGUGGUUCAUAGAACAGUUACAGCAGAUGACAAAAAACUUCAGUUCUCCUUAUAGAAGUUAGGAGUAAACAAUAUCUCUGGUAUUGAGGAGGUGAAUAUGUUUACAAACCAAGGAACAGUGAUCCACUUUAACAACCCUAAAGUUCAGGCAUCUUUGGCAACAAAUACUUUCACCCUUUCAGGCCAUGCUGAGACAAAGCAGCUGACAGAAAUGCUUCCCAGCAUCUUGAACCAGCUUGGUACAGACAGUCUGACUAGUUUAAGGAGACUGGCUGGAGCUCUGGGCAAACAAUCUGUGGAUGGAAAAGCACCACUUGCUACUGGCGAGAAUGAUGAUGAUGAAGUUCCAGAUCUUGUGGGGAAUUUUGAUGAGGCUUCUAAGACUGAGGCAAACUGAAUUGAUUGAG